AGCCGCGAACAGGUUCCCAGACCUCCGGAAACCAAGGGCGUCAGGGCCUGGGACGCGGGGCGGAGAGAAUCCUCGGAGCCCGUUUUACGACAGCGUGCGGCAGCGCGGGAGUGGCUUGACGGCAGAGCCGUGCCGCUCUCGGGGAGGUCACUCCGGAGACGGUGUUGGUUGUGGGUCGUGGGGAGCCGGUGACAAUUAUGUGGCGCGUCUGGGCGCGGCGGGCCCAGCAUGCAGCCCCCAGGGCGGCGCUCGGGGCUCGGAGGACGGCUGGGCGGGAGGGACCCGGAGCUCCGCGCGGGACUGCGCGGUCUGGGCUGGCUGCGGUUCGUUGCAGCAGAGUGACCACGGUGUAUGGCGGGGUCCGGGCACUCUGCGGCUGGAGCCCCAGUUCUGGCGCCACGCCGCGGAACCGCGUCCUGCUGCAGCAGCUUUGGGGAUCGCCCAGCCGGCGCUGUUACAGUCUCCCCCCGCAUCAGAAGGUUCCAUUGCCUUCUCUCUCCCCAACGAUGCAGGCAGGCACCAUAGCCCGGUGGGAGAAAAAGGAAGGGGACAAAAUCAACGAGGGUGACCUCAUUGCAGAGGUUGAAACUGAUAAAGCCACUGUUGGAUUUGAGAGCCUGGAGGAAUGUUACAUGGCAAAGAUCCUUGUUUCUGAAGGUACCAGAGAUGUUCCAGUGGGAGCAGUCAUCUGUAUCACAGUUGGAAAGCCUGAGGAUAUCGAGGCCUUUAAGAAUUACACCUUGGAGUCUGCUGCGGCCGCUCCUGCCCCGCCAGCAGCCCCUGCACCGGCCCCUGCUGCUUCGCCCCCUCCACCUUCUGCUCAGGCGCCUGGGAGCUCAUACCCCACUCACAUGCAGGUACUUCUUCCUGCCCUCUCUCCCACCAUGACCAUGGGCACAGUUCAGAGAUGGGAAAAAAAAGUGGGUGAAAAGCUAAAUGAAGGAGACUUACUGGCAGAGAUAGAGACCGACAAGGCCACCAUAGGUUUUGAAGUACAGGAAGAAGGCUAUCUGGCAAAAAUCCUGGUUCCUGAAGGCACGAGAGAUGUCCCUUUAGGAACCCCACUCUGUAUCAUUGUAGAAAAAGAAGCCGAUAUACCAGCAUUUGCUGACUAUAGGCCAACCGAAGUAACUGAUUUAAAACCGCAAGUACCACCACCUAUCCCCCCGCCGGUGGCGGCAGUUGCUCCAACUCCCUCACCUGCAGCUCCUGCACCUUCAGCCACCUUGCCAGCUGCACCUGCUGGACCAAAGGGACGGGUGUUUGUUAGCCCUCUGGCAAAGAAGUUGGCAGCCGAGAAAGGCAUUGAUCUCACGCAAAUUAAAGGGACAGGCCCAGAUGGCAGAAUCAUCAAGAAAGACAUCGACUCUUUUGUGCCUACAAAAGCUGCUCCUGCUCCAGCAGCUGCUGUUCCUCCUCCUCCUAGUCCAGGAGUGGCACCAGUUCCUACAGGCGUUUUCACAGAUAUACCAAUAAGCAACAUUCGCCGAGUUAUUGCACAGCGGUUAAUGCAAUCAAAACAGACCAUACCUCAUUAUUACCUUUCCAUUGAUGUAAAUAUGGGAGAAGUCUUGUUAGUACGGAAAGAACUUAAUAAGAUGUUAGCAGGCAAAAGCAAAAUUUCUGUCAAUGACUUCAUCAUAAAAGCUUCAGCUUUGGCAUGUUUAAAAGUUCCCGAAGCAAAUUCUUCUUGGAUGGACACAGUUAUCAGACAGAAUCAUGUUGUUGAUGUCAGUGUUGCCGUCAGCACUCCUGCAGGACUCAUCACUCCUAUUGUGUUUAAUGCACAUAUCAAGGGACUGGAAACCAUUGCUAAUGAUGUUGUUUCUUUAGCAAGCAGAGCAAGAGAGGGCAAAUUACAGCCCCACGAAUUCCAGGGUGGCACUUUUACAAUCUCCAACUUAGGAAUGUUUGGAAUUAAGAAUUUCUCUGCUAUUAUUAACCCACCUCAAGCAUGUAUUUUGGCAAUUGGUGCUUCCGAGGAUAAAUUGGUACCAGCAGAUAAUGAGAAAGGAUUUGAUGUGGCUAGCAUGAUGUCUGUUACACUCAGCUGCGAUCAUCGAGUUGUAGAUGGAGCAGUUGGAGCCCAGUGGCUUGCUGAGUUUAGGAAGUACCUUGAAAAGCCGAUGACCAUGUUGUUAUAAUUAACCAGAGAAUUUCUAGACUCUCCCAGGUGACACUGGUUCAUUCUUAUCAGGAUAUUUAUAUGUCAUUAAACAGAUGGUUCUUUGAAAGUUAACCAUUUAGUUAUUUUUAUUACUGAAUAUGCCCAGAUAAGUUAUUUGUAAUUGGCAUUACAGAAUUUUUUUAAAUGGCAGUUAUAGUCAAGUGUUGUACACACUUAAUGAUUAUCAUAACACCAAAUUUUACUGUGUACUCAUAGUCAAGGGAUAGAUAGCCUAGCCCUUUGGGGAUUAAGUAUUCUCAUGAGGAAAUGUUGGAUGGGAAGAAUUGUAGCUCCUUAAAAACAUAAAAGUAACUUCUGACACCUUGGAGUUUUAAUUGCCCAAAAUAUUCUGCUUUCGUGUAAGGGAAAGAAAAGUGAAAAAAAUUUUCUCUUGAGGAAAGCUUGAAUUUUAAAUUUAACCUUGGUUUAAAUCAAGCUGCAAGCUUGAUUUUGGAAUUUCACAAGGUUUUCUGUUAGCAUGAUGUUGGUUUAUCCUGGAUAGGAAGGGUGGAGAACUUCAAGGAAAGUGAGAUUUUUUUACAUCAGCAGUUUCGUAGACUUUUUCAACCAACUGUACUUUGUGUUUCUAUGGAUACCUAAAUGAUUUUUCUCCUUAAAAUACAAACAUAAAUCAGAUAUGUGGUAUAACUGGGAAUUUAUGUGGGUAUUUAUUUAAACUUAAGAGUGUAUUUCUGAUAGCAGAAUUUUAUAGUUACCUCCACAUAAAAGAACAUAGAGAAUUGAACCAAAAUUGUGAAAGAUGUAUAGGGAAUUUUCCAAGAUCAACUGGUAGCUAGUAACAGAUGAAUUUACUCGGUAGAAUUUAUUAUUGAGAUAGUUCUGGAAAACUCUUAUCAGAUAACUAUGGGAAUAUACAGAAUAAGUGUACAUAUGUAAAAUAUGGAUGUGCCAAAGUCCAUUUAUAACUGGAUCCUGUCUGUAAAGAGGGGAAGGGAUACAUUGGUAACUGCUUAAGAUGGUAAGAGUGAUGCCCAUUUUGAUUAUUUCUACUUGGAUAAAUUUUAAAAAAAGGUAUUAAAAAAGUGUUUUCUAUCUUUCCAACCCAGCACUGUCUCAUGUAAAAUAAGCAAGCCCUAAAAUCUUGUUGGAAGGAAAAUCAAUUCUGUGGCUAGCUUAUCUAUCCAGCCUGAACACUUUUUUCAAACUUAUUAUUUUUGCCUUUUUUUUUUUUUUUUUUUUUUUUUUUUGAUGGGAAGGAGGAAGUGACUGAUACUCAAUGUAAUAAAAAUGAACUGGGAACAUUAUCACAAUUCCAGACUUUCUGUUGAAUUGAUGUGUUUUAGUAAGUGGAGAUAUUUAUGCGUAUCUAAAAUAAAUCUAGUGCUUCCUUGUAUAUGUGAUAUGUGGAGCUGGUCCCUGAAAUUUGCUUUUAAGCAUUGCAGUGUUGAAUUUAUUUCUAAAUGUUCCUUA